UGCUCGCUCAUCACAACGUGCGUAAUCCGAACGGGGUGAUCGUGCCACAUCAUACGCUAUUGCUUCUUCGAUGCAGCCGCAGCAGCGCAGAAUAUCAAGGGAAUCCUGGUUCCCGAUGGACUCACAAGAUGUUCCUGGAGCGUUGAGUGAUACACGCGCUCCAGCAACCAAGCUUUCACUCCGACGCUUUUCGAACGAAUAUUCGUAUAAAUAUCCGUCUGAUGAACCAUCCCGUGCUUCGCCAUUACAAGCUCCGCAAGCGAAUGUUGAAGCCAGUCCACAGCACACCGAACCAGUGACGAAGGCCGAGCUGAGGCCAAGGGGAAUUUCUUUCGACAAGUCUGCUACACCACCAAUUCUAGCCGUGCUGCACGCUCCAUCUCUAGGCAGAGAACCGGUCCUACCACAUGCCAUCGAAAGACUCGCCGUAGAAGGUCCCUUGCGUAAGCCACAGGCGCAGUCUCGCGAAGAAUCCAUGGUAAGUGGAAGGGUGUCGGCACAACUUAGCAGGGUGACAGUCUCCGAGUUGCACCUGGAUGAGCUGGGCGAAUACGACGACAUUAGCCAAGCUGCUAUCUACGGCCAUGGCUGUUACCAGCGGAUGAUCCUCGUCUGCAGCUUCUUGUCCUUGCUCGUUCUUCGAUGCCACAGCCUCAGCUUUAAGAUCAUCGCACGCAACGUCGACUACUGGUGCGCACGACCCGCUAUCUUCCAAAACCUUAACAUAACGGAGUGGAAGAGCCUCGCUCUUCCACCAACGUCAGAUGGAGGUUAUAGCCGGUGCGAAGUCUACGACAACCCGCUUGGACAGAACCGUACUCCAGUUCCUUGCACAGCCUGGCAUUACGAGACAGAUUCCCAAACCAUCAUCACUACCUGGGACCUCGUGUGUAACAGAAAAUGGCUGUUAACAGUUGCCGCGCUAAUGUACGUGAUGGGAGCAGUGAUCGCGGUCCCGACCCUAGGUAUGGCUGCAGAUCAAAUUGGACGGCGUCCAGUCACGUGCAUUGCAGUAGCUAUCCUCUUGGUGGCUGGCUUUGGAGCCUGCUUUGCUUCAAGCAUUACAGUCUUCAUAUGCGCUCGCUGUGUGGUGUCGGGAUCUACAAGUUCAGUCUUUGUCACUGUCUUCGUCCUGCUUUUCGAAGUGACCUCUGCGAGGUACCGGACACUCUACGGCAUAAUGACGAUAUCACUGGGGGUUAUCUUGUCCAGAAUCCUGUUCAGCACCCUGAGCGAAUUUGACAUGGAUUGGCGAUUAACCCAAAUAAUAAUCAUGGGAGUGACAUCAGUGCUUGUCAUCACCUUCUACGUCAUCGAAGAAUCUCCGCGUUGGCUUCUGGGAUGUUGCAAUUUUAAGAGGGCAGAAAAGGCUGUGCUUUGGGCAGCGAAGAUGAACGGAGAGCCGCUUGACGUCGUCAAGAGGAAAUUCAACAAGCUGAAGCACGCAAUUCUUCUGAAGGAAGAAUGCGUAUCGCCGCUUGCGUUAACACCUGUUUUUCUGUUCACCUGCCCCCUUGUGCGCACCCGCUGCUUCAUGAUACUCGUCUGCUGGUUCAUUGUAAUGUUCUCCUUCAGCGGAUUAGGAAUCACUAACGUCGUCGAACCGGAGUCCCGCUGGGCGAAAUUUGCAACCGCUGUGAUACCGGUACCGUUAAGCGUAAUGAUCUAUUAUGCGAUAAACCGUCUUGGACGAAGGAACACUCUCGUUUUAGCCUUCGGUUUUGAGGGCGUCGCGUGCACCGCUUUAAUUGUUAGCUAUCCCUCUAGUCUGCUGGUGAUCGCCAACUGCAUCUUGGUGACCGCCAGAGCAGCAGCAUAUAUUGCCGUGACUGUUACCUACAUCUACACUGUCGAGCUUUUUCCUACAGUAUUACGCAGCGUUGGCGUUUGCACGGCGUACUUUUGUGGCCAGGUGGGCGUCGUAGCAGCUACGAUUUUGAUGUCCCCUCACCACGUGAUUCCUGGUCAGAUUGGAAUGGCUGUGUUAGCGUUCCUAGCACUGCUGGCCGAGCUGACUCUACAGCAGCUGCCCGAAACUAAUUCACGACCGUUGAUCAACACGAUCAGGCAGUUUGAAGAAGCUGAUUACAAGAAAUUCUUGCAGGAAACUCUGCCAGUAGACAUUGGAAAGGGGUCCCGUCUAGAUGGCUCAAAGAUGUCUCGAACCUUUUAAUCACAUCGGAAGGAGUCAGCAGGACACUAUGCUAAGUCC